CUACCGAAAUCGUGAUGCGCUCAGUUCUGCGUAGCCGGUUGAUCGAAGCGCACUCAGGAUGGAUCCGCUUCUGCUGUUGGCGAUUGCUGCAGCAAUCUUCUUCGGGUAUCGCUACAUAAAGGCGCAGUACCGCUACUGGGAAGAGCGUGGAGUGCCGUUUGUGAAGCCAACCUUUUUGCUGGGAAAUGGAACACCGGUCAUGUUCAAGAAGGUGGACAUGCUGCAGCACAUCCAGGCGCUGUAUCAGAAGUUUCCGACCGCGAAAUUCAUCGGUCUGUUCGACUUUCACAAGCCGGUGCUGAUGAUUCGGGAUCCGAGUUUGGUGAAGCAGGUCGGGGUGAAGGACUUUGAUCAUUUCAGCGAUCAUACGCCACUGUUUACGCGGGCCGACGUCGAAGACAUUGGAGGCGAUAGUUUGUUUGGGAAUUCGCUGUUCAUGCUUCGUGGACAGAAAUGGAGGGACAUGAGAGCGACGUUGAGUCCAGCAUUCACCAGCAGCAAGAUGCGGCAGAUGUUUGAGCUGGUUUCGGAUUGUGCAAAGUCGGCUGCUGAGCAUUUCUUGAAUGUAGCUAGACAAGGAGACAAAGCGGAAGUCGAGAUGAAGGAUGUGUUUACACGAUUCAGCAACGACGUCAUCGCAUCGGUGGCAUUCGGCAUCAGUGUGGAUUCGCUGCGAGAACCAACGAACGACUUCUACGUCAAUGGAAAGAAGUUGCUCAACUUCCAGAGCGCUCUAACACUGAUCAAGAUCUUACUGUUUCGAACAGUUCCGAAGCUGAUGAUGUGGUUGAAGCUCGAUUUGACCAGUGCAGAUAUGAACGAGUACUUCAAACAGAUGGUCAUCAACAACAUGAAUCAUCGGGAGAAGCACGGAAUCGUCCGUAACGACAUGAUCGACAUACUGAUGCAGGUUAGGAAGGGUAAGUUACAGCAUUCGAAGGAAGAGAGCAAGCUGCAAGACGCUGGAUUUGCAACCGUCGAAGAAUCUUCCGUAGGAAAACGUGCCAGUAGCCGAGUUUGGACCGAAAAUGAGCUGAUAUCGCAGAGCUUCCUGUUCUUCACGGCCGGAUUCGAUACCGUUUCGACGUGCUUAACAUUCUUGAGCUACGAACUGAUGAUGAACCCUGACGUUCAACAGAAACUCUUUGAAGAAAUCCAAGCCACGGAAAAAUCACUCGGAGGCAAAACUCCCGGCUACGAAGAGUUCAAUCGGCUGAAAUACCUCGAUAUGGUCAUUUCGGAAACCCUUCGCCUUUGGCCUCCAGCUCCCUUCACCGAUCGGAUGUGCAUCAAAGACUACAUGUUGAACGAUGGAUCCGGAGCUCAGCUCAAACUCAAACCAGGUCAAACGGUAUGGUUCCCGAUAACUGCCCUUCAUCACGACCCAAUUUACUACCCAAACCCCUACAAAUUCGACCCGGAACGGUUCAGCGAGGCCAACAAGCACCAAAUAAACCCCGGAGCAUACCUCCCGUUCGGAAUAGGUCCCCGGGCCUGCAUCGGAUCUCGUCUGGCCCUGAUGGAGGUUAAGGCCAUCGUGUACUAUCUGGUGAAGAACUUCACCCUGGAGCGCACCGAAAAAACUCGGAUCCCGCUGCAGUUGAAGAAAAGUUUGGUCGGAAUGACUGUUGAAGGUGGAAUGUGGAUUGAGUUUAAACCGAGGGCGUAGACAUUUGUCAAUAAACUUGUGCUUGAAUUGUCUUAGAAAAA